AUGAGCGAGCACGAUAUGAUACCGUGCAACGAAUACCCUCCCUCGACGGACGAGGAGUGGGAGGAAGCUCUGAAAUGCUACGCAAGGGACCGUGAAAGGGGGGAACCAGCGGAAACCAAAAUAGUCCAGGAUACUUCACAGCAGCGAUGGGCAGUCUCUUCUCUAUCUGCCGGUCAAGAUAUGACGGUUGCCUCCAAACCACCUUUGGUCCACCAUGGCGAUUCGGAUGACUCGUUCAAUGCUGAUAUAGGAAUACCUUUUCAUCGGCCGGACAAUAUACCUGGUCCGUUCAAGCACAUUGAAACCGUCUUAGAAGCACCAGUGGAUAUACAGCAAUACGAUGAUAAGAAACUAUCAGAUAUCACUGAGAAGGAACAAUCAGCACAGAUACAUCCUAUCCCAAUAGCAUUUGAUACUUCUCGAACGGGACCUGGGAAAAGGGACGAAAGUGAUUUUCAGAAUGAUGAUACCAGAUCAGCUGAAAUGGAAAGGAGACGGAUGAAAGAGUUUUAUCACAGAGAAGGUUGGCUACCUGGUCCGCUACCGAGUAGAGCGACUCGGCUGAAGAGGCGAAGGGCUAUCAGAAGGUUAGGCUUGAUAGGAGAGGAAGAAGAUGGUAGGAAAGCUGUACUGUCGAAAUAUGCUGAGAUGGCAGAACUCGUGUUCGAUGUUCCUCAAUCUUCAGUGGCGGUCAUACACGAUGAGAAGGAGUUUGUCUAUUUUUCUGAUCCACACAAACCACCUGCUUCCGGCACAAUGCCUCAAACGAUAUGCAGUCAUGUCAUAGAUAUCCACGAUGGAAACUGCUGGACGGUAGCCGAUUGUACAACAGAUUGGAGGACCAUCAAUAACCCUUUGUAUGCAGAUAAGCAAUACAAGUUCAUGGCUGCUGCUCCGCUACGAUAUCACGGUAAAGAUGGAUCACUGGUGGACUUUGGUACUUUGAACAUAUAUGAUACUCAACCUAGAUAUUCGUUCACUCAGAGAGAACGUUCGCUGUUGUUAAAAUUAGCGAAUAUGCUGGUGUAUCAGUUGGCAACUCAGCAAUCAGAGUAUAUGGCGAAACGUUCCAGCGCGAUGUACGAAGCCUCUAUAUCAUUCCUUACCAGAUCGAUUAUACCCGAACCUUCAGAAGAGCGACGGCGGCGAUCUUCUGCUUCUACCAAAUCAAGAUCUAUAUCGCCUCCUCCUUCACCAAAGGCAAAGUUUCAACCUCCAAAUGCAGACGAGAAUACACAAGUAGCCAGCAAAACCGGACCGCGGGAUAGUAGGGAUGCUAGAAGGCAAGCGUUCAAAUCUGAUCAAGGUAUUUUCAACGAUGCCGCUGCUACUUUGAGGGUGCUCCUAAAAGCCGAUGCAGUAGUUGUGGUCAGUCUAGAUGAUUACCAUCUGUUCAUCAAGAAACAAGAAAAUGCAGGACCUCUGCACACCAAGAGAGGCAAAGAUAGGAUCAAGACCAAAGAGAAAAUAAUCAAUGAUUACCUGAAAGGAGAACCUUGGCCCUCCGAUAUUGAGCCUGUGAUCAAUUACGUCGGUCGACCUCAUCGAGCGGAAGUAUUGGGACUUUCAGCAGACACGGGGACCAAUUUCCAUCUUGAUACGACAGGAGUGGAAUCUGUUCUAGCUGAAUUCUUGAAAGUGUAUUUAUCAACUCGACAAUUCUGGUGGGAUAGGGAAGAAAAUGCUAAUCCACUGUCGAUGAGGAUAAUGGACUUGAUGCCUACUGAAGCUCAGACGGCUCUAUCAACGACAUUCAUGGGUCACGAUGGACACAUCAAAUUUGUUACGUUUGCAACGUGGAACGAACCUCCUUCCUCAUUGGUCGACUCGAGCAUAGUGUCAUUGCCAUUCGUCUGGAUUUUAGGUGGAUGUCUCAUGGCUGCACUCGCCAUGAAAAAGAUCAGAGCCCUAGAGCAAAGUCAGAUAUCAUACUCGAAUCUACAAGCACACGAGUUGCGAACCCCACUUCAUCAGAUAUUAGCAAUCACGCAGCUCCUCAGAUCAUCCAUGACGGACCUUGCUGAAACACCUCAAUCACCCUCAUCGCUAACCUCGACUGAGCAAGUGCGAGAUCUCUUGCCAUUCUUAGACGCGAUUGAUACUUCCGGAAGAACCUUGCACGGGAUCGUUGAUAACAUCUUAUCCUUCUUAGAUCUGAAGGGCAAAGAAGCCUCACAUUCAUUAGGUGAUACAGGUCUUAUCACGACUCCCUCCGGUGCGCAAACGUCCCUCGAAGUUCUGUUCGAGGAGAUAAUACAGGACACGAUAGAGGAAGAUAGGAAAUCAAGGAAAGCCAAUGGCCAAGCACAUUGUCAUAUUGAGACGAUUUUCGAGAUCAUCCCUCCGAUGUUAGGAGAACAGGUUUCUGAAGAUGCUGGAGGUGCUUUGAGAAGAGCACUCGCCAAAAUUUUGGCGAAUGCAUACAAAUUUAUCGAGACUGACGGUUGCGUCGAGAUUUAUGUCGAUGAUGUCGUGGACUUGCUGCCACCAGAAGGGUGUGAAGGUAUCGCCCUCACCAAACCGAUCAGUAUCACCGUCAAAGACGAUGGUCGCGGUAUGGAUCAAGCGUUUGUGAAUGAUAAACUUGGAGAGCCAUGGGCGAAGGAAGACCCUUAUGCUACGGGAAGUGGUCUCUCUGUGCAUCUUGCAUAUCGAAUAGUCGAUUUGUUGGGAGGAUGUAUGGAGAUCACUUCUGCACCUGGUGCUGGAACGACCGUCCAGAUAGAUGUCCCAUUACCUCUUCGAUCAGGGCCAUUCCCUGACUCACCGUCUGAGCCAGGCUCACGAAGAGAAUCGACUGCUAGUAUACGUCAAUUGAACUUACAUCAUAAUGAUAUGGAGAUUGGUCGGAAAGUGUGUCUGACAGGAUGGGUGGGGCAGGGACCGAGGUUCGAGAUGGUCGGUAGAGCCUUAUACAGACAAUAUGUCAAGAUCGGAUGUGAGAUGGUUCCAACUAUAGGAGAUGCGCAGCUUAUCGUAGCGUACGGUGGCAUCGAAGAGGAUGUCAGUCAGGCCAAAGAAUUGUUUGAGAAAGCUCGGACGAAAGAUAUAGUAUUUUUUAUUACCGAAGAACACUCUGCUCAAGGCAAAGUACUGGAAAUGGAGAAACAGAUGGAUUUGAAUAUCAGAAGAUUCAAAAGACCUACAAAUCCAUCAAUUUUACGAGAAACACUGUUCCCCAAUCAUUCGGAAAGAUUGAAGAAACUGUUUGAUCAAGAGACCAAUGGAGAAGUGAGAGUUGAUUCUGGAUCGAUCAAUACCCCUCACCUGAUGUCUCCUGAAGGUGAUGAUGCGGGCCAACCAUCUACAUCUGCUGACAAUCGAGGAACCAAGAGGAACGCGUCAUCGCCUUUUCCAAUGAGUUUGAGUAAUUUUGGAAGUAAUGGUUGGUCUUUCCCCACAAAUGAUAAUACUCAACCAUCGAUCGGGCCAGAAUCAGUUUCGGAUAAUUGGAAGCCUUCAAAUAUGGACACCGAAGAAGCUGUUGCGUCCCUUUCCUUAGGUGAAUAUUUCCCUAACAUGUCACCUAAACAGACGUUUCGAGGGGAGGAAGAUCCAUCGAGGGAUACCACGACUCCGGACGCUGAGGAGGAAAAUGACGAAGAGGAAGAGAGUCAUGCCACGCCGAUGAACGAGAAUACGAACGUCGAUGUGGAUAGAAAGUAUUCGGUUGGCACUGAAAAGGGUUCCGAAUCUGGUCAAUCGGUCUCUACUUCGACUACGAAUCAUGGGCCUGACUCGAUCAAUUCGUUCUCGUUAACAAGAAACCAUUCGAUCGACUUGACAUCUGGAAGCAAAGAGGAUGGAAAGGUCAAAGUCAUGGUAGUAGAGGAUAACAAGAUAAACAGGAUGCUUUUGGUCAAACUGUUACAGAAACAAAUCAAUUUGCCUAUCGAGAUUCUUGAAGCUGAAGAUGGGCAAGAAGCUGUUGAUCUGUUCAAGAAGGUCACCGGUCCGUUGAUAGUCCUGCUUGAUAUCAAUAUGCCAAAGAAAGACGGAUAUCAAACUUGCACAGAGAUGCGAUUGAUAGAGGCAGAUGAUUCGCAUAGAAAGAGAUCACAGAUAGUAGCCGUUACUGCUUUGGCUAGUGUUGAUGAGAAGAAGAGAGGCUUAGUCGAAUGCGACAUGGAUGAUUGGUAUUCGAAACCAUGUGGGAAAUCCGUUAUUGCUCGGAUAAUCAAUAAAGCCUAUCAAAGGUUGUUUGCAUGA